AAAUCCAUUACGAUGAAUAGACAUCUACAUUCCCCCACGAUUUUGACGGAAUUUGCCCGUACGUUCGAGGAGGAACAGGAAACCAUAUUUUCGAAGCUGGUAAACAGACUCACAAACAACAGCCGACCCAGCAAUGAGUCACCACUUCAGGGGGCGGUUUUGUAUGAAGAACCUUCCGGAGGUGAAGGCGAAACGGGGAACAGAAAUGUCCGGGAAGUUCAAAAAGAAAUUAAACAGCCCAGUGCAUUGGCAAGUGGAAAUCCCUCAACCAGUAGUUCAUAUACUGAUGUUACACAUGCCGCAUCUAUGGCUCAGCCUUCUGCUGGCGAACGGACCACUUCCAGCGUGCUGCGUCGGUUGAGCAGUCUAAUAUCGCAAAAACCAAGUACUAAGCGAAGCUACAAGAAUACAGAUCUUCACAAAUUCUGGAUGCCCGAUUCUACCUCCAUCGAGUGCUACGAUUGUUCGGUAAAAUUUUCAACCUUCCGCCGGAAACACCAUUGUCGUCUGUGUGGUCAAAUCUUCUGCACGAAAUGUUGCAAUCAAGUGGUAACGGGAAAGAUCAUCAAUUGUUCAGACGAUUUACGUGUGUGUAACUACUGCUCGAAGGUGGUUCUGACGUACCUUAAAUCGUCUAGCAUUGCCGCCGAUUUAAAACCCGACUUGAAAGCGUUGCAGGAUGAUUUGGAUCAAAAGCUUUCUACCCUGCAACCACCGGGAGGUGGAGGAACAGAUCCUAGCGGUAUGGGUCCAUCCGGUGGACGAAAUCGAAGAAAGAUAUCCGUUGGUUACCAGGAGGAACGGUUUGCGGCUAGCGCGGGAUCAGGUAUCUCUUCUGCCGAUCGUAAAUCCAUUCUGCAGCAGUCAAACUCGCUGAAAACGUUGUACGAUGAAAUGUGUCGUUCGCUGCCACUAUACAACCGUGGACAUGAGCUGAUCGAUUUCCUGUUCAGCAGACAAAAGUCAUCGAACAAUAUGCAAGCGAUCGCCAUACUGAAUGCGAUGAUCGAUGCAGGAUUUUUGAUAGCGAUAUGUGAAGUGAAGAACGAAACGAUCGGUGACGAAGAUACAAAUAUUACGCACGAGAAAGUUUUGCAGCAUCAAAAACAACAGCAACAGCUGAAUCGCGACGGUAGCGGUGGAUCGGUAGAAGAUGAAGAUGAAAACACCACUGUAUCGAUCGAGUUUAACGAAGAUACGGUGUACAAGUUGGCAGUUCUGCAAGAACGUCAAGGUCAAGGAACGGGAGCAGGAGGCGCAACUGGGACGGAAGGAGCCUAUCAUUUGGAACUGAACUUUAAAUCCAGCUCUGUGUUAAUGCGCUCCGGAAACGAUGAUCAAUCGUCCGCCGACAGUGAAGAUGGUGCCGGAAGUGGAAUAGUUGGCAGCACCACAUUAAGUAGCAUACUGCUUAAGGAUUCCGUAAUGGACAGUUCGUAUAUAAUAUCGACUGGGGCAAAGGCUUUGCUGAAAGCAUUCUGCGAACACGAAGAGCUGCUCGUAAAUCAACUGUUGCGAGCACAGAACCUCGACCCUUCGUGGAGUAAAACGCUCAUCCCAAUUGUAGCUCGGGUUGCAAAUACAUUGCGCCUCGAUGAGGCUUACGGGACGGACGCUAUGGAUAUACGAAACUACGUCUACUUCAAGAAAGUUCCUGGUGGCGAUCGAAGCGAAUCCCAGAUACAGGGUGGUGUGGUCUUUUCGAAGAAUGUAGCCCACAAGGAAAUGUCGCAAAAGGUGGAUAAACCAAAGAUACUGCUGCUACAGUGCGCAAUUGCAUAUCAGCGCGUGGAAGGCAAGUUCGUCAGUUUCGAUACGCUGAUGCUUCAGGAGCGUGAUUAUCUGCGCAACAAGGUGUCUAAAAUUAUUAGUCUAGGGCCGAACAUUGUGCUCGUGCACAAGAAUGUGGCCGGCAUAGCGCAAGAUAUGCUGCGAAACAACGGUAUAACGCUGGUGUUGGACGUGAAACUUUGCGUGCUAGAGCGUAUAGCGCGAUUUUUGGAUUGUGAUAUCAUCAGUUGCAUCGAUUCCAAUGUUGGACAACCGAAGUUGGGCGUUUGCGAUCGAUUUAGGAUACAAACAUUUUACGAUGAUCAUGGUUCUUCUAAAACAUUGAUGUGCCUAGAAAAGCAGCAUAGUCCACGGGGAUGUUGCGUCCUUUUGCGGGGAGCCAAAAGGAGCGAGUUGGCUAAAAUAAAAAAGAUUGCUUCGCUUCUGCUGCUGGCGCGCCAUAACUGGCGCUUUGAACUUUCGUAUCUGUGCGAUGUGUAUGCAAUGCCACCGACACCGCGUGCAAGCAUAUUCGAUUCAAAGGAAUCGACUCCUAUGGAUGCAGCACCACAAAUGGGAUUGACCAAGUGUCUUGAAGAUGUUUCACAUACGCCGAAGGAACAUCAGGUAACAUUCAAUGAGAAGACAGUUCAGAAAGAGCAAACGGCAAAAAUCGUUCGUAUGACAUCAGAAAACACUGCGAAUCGAGAGAAUGUUGGAGACUGGACGGAUCCUCUACGAUCGGGAGCACUGGGCCCAUCCUCGGAGGACGGUGUCGGACAGUACGGAGAUGAAGAUGAUACAUCGUUCGAACUAGCAGCAGAAACACCGAACGAUAACAGAUUUCGAUCCGCACUCAGCUCGACUCUUUUGUCCAUCAGUCCGUUCGUGGCAUUUCCACUGCCGUUCCUCGAGACGGACGGUGGCCGUAAAUGUGCCCUACGGUGCUACUUCCCCGAGGAACUUUACUUCUCGAAGCAGUGGAGCAACGGUGGAACGUUGGGUCUUGUGGGGGAAAAAUGUUCUGGAACAUUGAUCGAUAAUUCUGCCGCAGCGGGAACCAGCGCAUCAACGGAAGAGGAAGAAAAGCAACUGUUACCGGUACAUCCGUUUGUGACGUAUAAAAUAACGACCUCUGUGGAAAGCAAGGAGAUGCAAACGAUACUAGCCAGUUUCCGUGCCUGUGGUGGACGGUAUCCAAAAAUUUCAAUGAUGAAGAAAACAUCAUCCCGCAAACGGCGCCUCACUACAAUGGCCCAACGAUCGCUCGAAGAAUUCGUGUACCGUGAUGCAUUGGACAUCGAAAAUCAUCAACGUUUGCCGGUGCUGUUUUGUAGCUUCAACUAUAAUGAAAACGUUCCUUCGACGUUCUGUGCCCAACCUUCGUAUCUGGAUAUGCAGUUUUAUGGACAAAACGACAUUAUGCUUGGAUUGUUCCUCGAGCACUACUGCUUCCGAAGUUCGUACAUUUGCAAGUCGUGCAAUCUUCCGAUGAUGGACCAUGUGCGCCGUUACGUCCACUCUGGCGGUUGUAUUCAGGUGAAACUCGUAGAAGAUGUGACCAAGAUGGACACCGGUACGAUACUGAUAUCGUCAAAGUGUACAAUCUGUAACGAAUACUCUAAACCAGUCCCAAUGUCGCAAGAUACGUGGUGCUACUCGUUUGCCAAAUUUCUCGAACUACGUUUCCAUGGUCAUGCCUAUAAGAAACGCAAUUGUGAGGGAAUCACGGAUCAAACAGACAGUAGCGAUGGAGGCAUGGUGUGUCGACAUUCGCUUCAUCGCGACUUUGAGCAAAACUUUUCCUACAAAGGUAUCGUGGCCAGCUUCCGUUACACAGCGAUCGAUGUGUGGGAAAUAGUGCUACCGGCAAUGUCUAUCUCGAUGGUUUUACCUGCUAUCGGUUGCAACCAACGCAUCAUUACCGAUCAACGCACGGAUGAGAUGAAAACGCUCGCAAUUAUGGGGUAUGAUGUGUUUGUAAAAAUAUUGGAAAAGCUUGCCGAACUGUCAGUCGACACAGACACAUUCGGAAAGCUUAAGAAGAAAGCCAAUCAGGAUCAGGUAGCUUUCAAGCAGCGUAUUGAAAGGGUGCAGAAACUACUUACCGAGGAUGUGCUCUCGAUUGAGCUAAUCGACGAUGCAAUUGUGACAUUGAAACACACGCUGGCGGAAGCGAUAGAAGAAUGGGAACCAAAGCUGCACGAUAUAAUAACUCAGGCAAAGAGUGCGCAAACUUCAAAGUCUACAGCGGUAGUGGACACUGGCAGUAACAACACGGGUGCAACGAUCGACAGUGGAACGAUUGCUACCGAAGAACUGGAUAUGUCUCAUUCUGGUGAAUUCCAGCCGGUUUUAGAAUCCUCUAGCGAAGUGGUGGAACCAGAAGCGAACGAAAGCACUUCGUCUGGAGUUGAAUGUCGUGGUAAACUCGAACAAGAUUCACUGACUGCGGAUCCAGAGGAGGAAAAAGUAGCGAGCAGCACAAGCGAGGAGAAGCAACCGAUGAGGGAGAGUUUAAAUGAAAAGAAAACGGUGAAAACUAUACUGAGCCAGCUGCUCUCGACGAACGAUUACUCGCACAUUUUGAGCUCUCCGUUACCGUCACAUGAACAUCAUUGUUUGAAAGCGGGCCUUUUUCCGAUCGUUGUAAGCGAGCACGAUUUGGGUUCCUGCAUUGCUUACAGUCUGAUGUCGCAGGAGUAUCGCAAAAUGCUGGACAGUAUGCAUAGCGGCGGUAGUGGUGGCAUUAUUACGAUAGGAGCUGUGGAAAACAGUCCAAAUAUGAAGCGAAAAUCCACUUCGGUGAGCUCAACUACCGAUACGGAUGACUCACCUGCUACAGUACAUACUAAAAGUGAGCAAGAUAAAAAGCAUAAAAAUGCCGCUCACAGCGAAAUUCAUUUUCAGGACGCCAACUGCAACUUUGUGUGUCGAAUCUACUUUGCAAAGGAAUUCGAUAUGCUGCGCUGUCAGAUAUUGAAACAUCCACCAUCUCCGGGAACAACACAUCGUGCUUCCGGUACGGUGGGAAAUGCAUCCUGCGUAAAUACUACGGGAAUAGUUGGAGCUAGUGGUGGAAAUGGAUGCAACACAACCGGAACGGACUCGACCGAAUCGUCCCAAGACACGACGGAAAUUGUGCGCAAAAUGUUUGCACGAUCACUGAGCAAGAGCGUUCGCUGGGAGGCUCGUGGCGGGAAGAGUGGCUCUAAGUUCAGCAAAACAGUUGACGAUCGGUUUGUGUUGAAAGAGAUGUCACGCACGGAUUUAACCAUAUUCGAAAAUUUUGCCCCGAACUAUUUCGAGUACUUACAGCGAUGCAUGAAGCUGAAACACAUAACGCUGCUAGCAAAGAUUUUCGGCGUGUUCAAAAUUACGAUCAAACGGAAAGACAAUACUACGGUGGAAAGCGCAGUGCUGGUUAUGGAGAAUCUGUUCUGUGGCAAAGAAAUCAACGAAAAGUAUGACUUGAAAGGGUCGGAUCGCAAUCGUUUGGUCGAUCCCAAUCGGCAAACUGGCACAGAGCGAGUGUUAAUGGAUGAAAACUUCAUUCAAAUGUCCUGGACGAAUCCACUGUACAUUUUGUCUCACAGCAAAACGGUACUGAAAGAGGCAAUCACUCGAGAUGCCUGCUUUUUGGAGCGCAACGAAGUGAUGGACUACUCCUUGUUGGUCGGAUUGGAAAGUACAGAGAAGAAUCUCGUUAUAGGAAUAAUCGAUUACAUUCGAACGUAUACCUUGGACAAAAAGAUUGAAUCGGUGAUCAAACAGUCCGGACUUAUGGGCGGCCAUGGAAAACUACCUACCGUCGUUUCGCCUAAAAUGUACAAAAAUCGGUUCAUUGUUGCGAUGGAAAGAUACUUUUUAUGCGUGCCGGAUCGUUGGGAAGGACUGGGAAAGAAAUAA